AAAGAGAAUAACCACACUCGGGACCUCCCUCGCUGAUUAAACUUUUGCUUUAGCUAGCAAGUGUUCUUGAGGAAAGAUGCAGCCCAUCUUCAAAGCGAUCAUUCAGAACGACAUUCCAGCUUUUCUGGGGUUGGUGGAAGAGAAAGAAUCGUGGCUGGAAGAGAGAAACGUGGACCAAGACAACAGCACGGUGUUGCACAUGGCUGCGAAGCAUGGGCAUGGAGAACUUGUCUCCAAGAUUAUUGAGCUCAAACCUUCCCUCAUCUCUUCCCGCAACGCACACGGAAACACACCGUUGCAUCUCGCUGCUCUCCUCGGAGAAGUGAACACAGUUAGGACGUUGUUAGAGUUUGGAUCGGAAACGUGUUCCGCACGGAACAACAGCUGCCAAACACCCCUCCAUUUUGUUUGCCGCAGCAUUUCCACGGAGUCUGCCAGAUUAUUUGCGGAAAAGACACAUUCUGUCAGCCUCGAUGAACUCAAAUUUUCCAUAUCAAGUGGAUCAACAUUUGUUACAAGGAUAGUGCUGGAGAGAUUCCCAUACCUAGCUAGGGAAUUAGCGUGGGUUGUGGAAGACUCGCUAACGACGCUAUUGCAUCACGCGUGUGAUAGAAGAAACCUUGAACUGAUAAGUAUAUUACUAGGGCUCGAUCAAGGAUUAGAAAAAGCUCAUAACACCAACGGUUUAUCGCCUUUGCAUCUGGCGGUCCUGAGAGGCCCGGUUGUUGUCCUAGAAGAGUUCCUGGAAAAGGCUCCAUUGUCCUUCAGCUCUCUCACGCGAUCGAAGGAGACUGUCUUUCAUCUCGCUGCACGAAACAAAAACGUAGAUGCCUUCAUUUUCAUGGCAGAGAGACUGAGCAUUAACAACCAAAAACUUAUGCGGCAAGUAGAUGUUAAUGGCAAUACGGUCUUACAUAUCGCGGUUUCCAUGUCUUGUGGUGCUCCGCUGCUACGAUACAUUGUUGGUAAGAAGAUAAUAGAUAUCAACUGUAAGAACAAUAUGGGUUUUACAGCUUUCGACCUUCUCCUUCAAGAAGCCGAAGACUUUGAGUUAUUAUCAACCUUGCUGAGGUUGGAUACCAAGCUGGAUUCUGAUCAGAGCAUUGAGGAACAAGGUGAGCACUCUAAUCCAUACAAUAAAGGAUCUCAAGAAGGCGUUAAAUCUUUAGAUAUCCCUGGAAGCUUAAAAGAGAACGAGGUAAUACGGUUGCUUAGGUUAAUCGAAACGAACACAUCAAAGAUAGCACAUAUAAAACGAAACAAGAAAGGGGCGGUUGAAAGAGAUCGUAGAAGCUUGGAACGUGAGAUGCAUAUAGAAGCAUUACAAAAUGCAAGAAAUACGAUUGCUAUAGUGGCAGUUCUGAUUGCUUCAGUUUCUUAUGCGGGUGGGAUUAACCCUCCUGGCGGCGUCUACGAUGAUGGGCCAUGGAGAGGGAAAUCCAUCGUAGGCAACACGACACCGUUUAAGGUUUUUGCAAUAUGCAACAAUAUCGCACUCUUCACCUCAUUGUGCAUUGUUAUUCUUCUCGUUAGCAUAAUACCUUACAAGAGGAAACCCUUGAAGAGAUUACUGGUAAUCACCCACAGGAUGAUGUGGGUUUCUGUAGGGUUCAUGGCAACUGCUUAUGUUGCGGCGUCUUGGGUGACCAUACCACUUUUGCGUGGAACAAGAUGGUUAUUUCCGGCCAUUGUCUCCAUUGCUGGUGGGUCUUUGAUGGUUCUCUUUUCCUAUCUCGGAGUAGAGACAAUCAGUCAUUGGUUUAAAAAGAUGAACCGUGUGGGAGAUAUACCGGUUUAUUUUAUGCAAAAAUGGCGUGUAAGAGAUAUACCUCCCAUUUCAAGGAGGACCAGGGUCACCAGCCCAGAUCAUUCCAAAGCGUCUUCUUUUGCGAGGACCAACUCUGAUUUAGCUGCCUCGGAAAAUUCGGGCUAUUUCACCUAUUGACUCUCUGGGAACAUUCCCACUACGGCACCACCUGCGAUCGAAAUCUCCGCAAGCUGAUUAAUAAAUUCCAACCAGGUGGUUUUGAGCCAUGCCUAAAACAAAAAAUCAAAAAUUUUAAUAAUAAAAAUAUAAAUUUUUUUUUUUUAGAUAUCUUUUUUGAUUGAUUUGUUUUCUGUUUCUUAGUAUCACGAAAAACUUUACACUAUUUUGUCCUAACAGUAUAUUAUUAACAUUUUCUAUGAUCCAUAAAAUUAAUGAAUAUAUAUAUACUUUAUUAAAACAGAAGUACACUUAGAAAAUAACCCUAAAAGUUACAUAAUAUUUACAGUCAAAUGCCAUUGAGAAUUAAAUUAAUCUUACAUUAAAAAUGAUUGUCUUUUCAACAUAUUAAUUGUUUUCCUAAAAUAACUCAAACAAACUACAAAAUAAAGAAACAUAUUAUUAAUAACUCAAACAACUACAUAUUAUUAAAUAAAAGAACAAGCAUAAAUAAUUCCCCUGCAAUAUCGACACUGUAAUAUUGCUUAUUAUAUGAGUCCGAUCCUUAGCUUACGUAACCUGUACGAACAUCAAAUUAUAUAAGCUUUAUAAGAAAUUAAACUAAUAAAAACUAACAAUGAUUUUCAUAUGAGUUUGAAGUUUGAACAAUUUCAUUUCACUUUAUUUCACGGUGGUGUCUGCAGCUUAUUUGUAACCACCUUAUUAUAUUGAAAUAUUCCACUGACUUCUAUAUGUCCAAAUAAUUAAUAAUCAUUAUUAUUAAUUAAAAUCUAAUAUUUUUGAAUCGAAAAUCUUUUUCCCUCCGCCCCCAACAAUCUUCUACUUAGACUUCGAAAAAAAAAAUAGAAACAUUUGCAGAAUCUACUAAUUUGUUUCUAAACAAGAUUUUCCCUUCAAUUUCGGAACAAAGAAGAUAUAUAUAAAAUUUGAUCCAUAACUACUAAAAUAAACGCAAUAUUCGAAUUUCACCAAUAUAAUCUUACUCUUUCCUAUUUUGUUGGUUUCACAAUAACACACAAUAAACAAAAUAUUCUACAUAUUAAUGCAAACAAGAGAUGCCUUGCGAGGGUGGUUAAGAUAUUUCCUCAACUUUAGGGUUUUGUAUUGCGUUAAAAAAUUUGACCCACACACUUGCGGAACAAGCACAAGAUCUUAUCAUUUCCUAUUUUAAAUCAUAACCAUUAAGAUUUUACCAUAGUUUCGAAAACAAUAAACAGAAUCAACAAAAUAUUCUUUUCAUUUAUUUCGCCUAAUAUACCUUGCAAAAUAAGCAAAGAUAUUUAUUCUCAACUAGGGUAUUGUCCCUCUACUAUAUAUUCUACCCGAUACAAACCCAUUCUACAUAUUCUUUUACCACUUACGCUGAUGAAACAUUAGAAAUGGUUUUAGCUGAUGAAACUGUUAGUUUUAUAAUAUUUGUAUGUUUUUUUUGAAUUUUAAUAAAAUAGACUUUGAACAAAAUCAUCUCUUCCUAUUUUUGAAUGUUUUUUUGUAACUUAGUUUCAUUAUUAUUUUUGGUUUGUCUAAAUAAUGUAUUUGUUUUCAAAAAUUUCAAUAAAAUAUUUGAACUUUAUAUUCAACUUUAAAAUAAAAUAUUUAUAAUAUAAUUUAAUAAAACCCCAAAUAUACUUAAACCUCCGAUACUUUACUAUUUAAUUUACCAAAUAAACUAAAUAAAAAUACAAUAAAAGAAAAACACAAUCUCAUAGUUUAAAAAUGAUGGCUAAUCAUAUUGAACAAGACACACCGAAAUCAAACCUGAAAAACAUAUGAAUCUAUAACUUAAUAAGUAUAAACAAUUAAAUUUAUCAAAUUUUCAAAAGUUAAAAAUAUAUGAUUAUGAAAAACAAAAUCAUCCUUUUUUGAACAAGAAGAAAGCCCCCACGUUCUGUCUUGGAUGGUAUUACAAAUAUUUCACAUUCUUUAUCUAAUGGAAACGAGGAAACAACAACAAACAUACAUCGUGAUAUCAAUCAAGAGGAUGAUGAUUUUGUUGGAGGAUGAUGAUUUUAUUCAUAGCCUUUGAAUAAAUUAAUUUCCGUAAAAAAAUUAUACUUUAUUUAUCUAUUUCAUAUAUCAUACUAACUCAUAAUUCUUUAUUUCAUCAUAUUUUAAUGAUUUUCAAUAGAAAUGUGGCCCAAAUUAAAUUACCUUAUCACAGUAUGAUCAAUUUUGUUGCCACCGUGUGAUCAAAUUAUGUUACAGCAAUAUUUGUAUUAUGUGAUGUAUUUUUGUCAUUAUUUGUAUUAAAAUUUUGAUACAUUAUAUAAUGGUGUAAAAUUUUUUAAUUGCAUUACGUAAACAGAAAAAAAACACCCGCCCGGUCGGGCGGGACCAGAUCUAGUAUACUAUUCAAACUGAAUCAAAAUGGAUAACAGAACACAUAAAAUUUCACCGAUAUUUUGCCUAUCUCAAAAAUGUUAUGUAUUCUAGUUUUUCAUAAACAUAAAACAUCCAAAUCUUUAUAAUGAAAAUGAAAGUUAGCCCAGAUAUCCGGUUGCACAUAAGACUACAAUAAUGGAUUUGUUAUCGUAUCAUUAUUUGUCAAAUCAGCACUAAAUGGGUUUAUUAUUCAAUUAGCAACUGCCAUUUGCUGGCAUCACCAUUAGCCAAUAAUGGAUUUGUAAUCGUAUCACUAAUUAAUUACUUGUUAAUCGUAUCAUGGAUUUUUUUUUCUUUUGCCAAACUAAGCGGACAUCUGCUUGUCGUCACCUCCGAUAAGUUCUUAAGAGCAUGAUCACUAGUGUAAGAGACAGAGUUUCUUAAAUAACUUUUAUUAAUAAAAUAAUUAUAUAAUUAAAAUUUAUUUUAAUAAAAUAAAAUAAAUUAUUCACAAAAAAAUAUGUGGAGAAAAAAUUA